AUGGCUGACGAUUCUGCCGAGGCGAUGAAAGCAGCCUUGCUGAAGGCUCAAGAAGACCUCCACCGCACUCAAUCUGAGGCCCAACAGACCAUUGACAACCUCAGAAAAGAAUUAGAUUCUGUCAAAAGUAGCAAAACACCUAAGACUCGUAUUCGGAAUGUAGUUCCUAAGAUUCUUGAUCUCGAGGAUUCCGAAGCCAGUGAAGAUGGAGCAGCUAGGUCUGACGAUGAUGCAGAGGAAACUGAUCCUGCAGCUAAGAAAAUGGCGCUCCUGGAGUCUCAGAACAGGAAGAUACUUCGCAUGCUGACAAAGUUGCCUGGAGCACCAACCCCUGUGGCUGAAGAAUCUCCCGAUGGCUAUGCUCAAUCCCCCUUCGUGGAAGAAAUUGCGAGAGUCAGGAUUCCUAAGAAGAUCAAUGUGACUCAGCCUCACAAGCUGUAUGAUGGAGCUGCAGAUCCCUAUGAUCAUGUAGCGCAAUAUAAGCAAAAGAUGUGGACCCUGUCCAUUCCUGAACAUCUGCUGGAGGCUACCAUGUGCAAAUCCUUCGGGGCCACUUUGUCUGGGCCCGCCCUGCAAUGGCUGAUAAGCCUGAAACCAGGUAGCAUCCAAAAUUUCGCUGCUUUGAUUAACAAGUUUUUUAUGCAGUUUGCCAGUAGCAGGGUUCUAGAGAAGCAUACCGGCGACCUGUAUCGCAUCACCCAGAAGGCUAAUGAAGCUGUGAGGCAGUACCUGGAUCGAUUCAACAAGGAGAUGAUCUCGGUCAAGAACCUGGAUGUUCCCACCGCUAUUGAAGCAUUCAGGAGAGGACUAACCUAUAAAUCUAGAUUGUAUUAUGAAUUGACCAGGUACCCAUGUGGCACGUUCGAGGAGGUCAGGGCCAGGGCUAUGGCUGAAAUACGCGUCGAGGAGGACGAGGCGUCCAGGUAUGUGAGCGAGCCCAGCUACGAUCGGAAAUCCCAGAACCAGAAGAAGAAUGAUUGGCGCACCACAGCACAAGCCAGAUACAAGGCGCGAAAGUAA